AUGCAACAAUUAUUUUAAAACUAAGAAAUGCAAAAGAUAAAAUAAGCAUUGAUUAAUGCUUUUGAUAUAAAUGAAUAAAAGAAAUACAUCUCCAAAAAGUAGUUAUUAAGACGUUAUUUGUAAAGUAGAAGAGAAUAGAAGCCAUUAUCAUAAUCUAUUAAAAUAAAGAAAAAUGAAAAAAUAGAUUUAAUUAAAAAUUAUGAAAAUAGGAUAAAAAUUACAAAAGAAAAGAGCAUUAUUGACUAAGACCAGUAAAAGCUUUUAGAGUGUCCUAUUUGUAUGGAUUAUUUAGUAAGCCCAGUUCAGACAUAAUGUGGGCAUACAUAUUGCGAAAUUUGUUUAACAGAAGCAUUGCUCAAAUAAAAUAUAUGUCCUAUGUGUAAAAAGGUUGUUCCUAAUUUUAAUUUUGUUAUUGAUACUCUGCUAGAUGGAUUAGUAAAAUAAUAUGUAGAAAGUUAUAAUGACGAUAACAAAGAAAAAUAUAUUCAAAGACGUAAAAAAUAUUUUGCAUGGAAUAAAAAAAGAAGACCUUAAAAAUUCGAAGAAGGUAUGAAAUUAGAUAUUAGAGACUUAGAUAAUAUUUGGUGUGAAGCUGUUGUUAAAAAGAUUGAAAGAGCACUAAAUAAAGAAGAAUUUAUUUUCAUUCAUUAUAUUGGAUGGAAUAAUAUUUAUGAUGAAAUGCUUCCAUCAAACUCAAAUAGAAUAUCCUCAUCAGGAUUCUUCACUUAGAGAAAAGAUAUCCCACAAUAUCGUCUAAAUAGUUAAAAUAAUCAGAAUCCAGAUGAUCCAAAUAAUGCUGGAGCUAUGUAAGGUGUUGUAUUGCUUGGAAGUGAAGGCUAAGCCAAUCUUGAAGGAAAUAUUGACGAUGAUGAAUUAAUGGAAAUAGAUGAAGAAGAAUUUUAAUAGUAAUAAUAAUAACAAUAAAACAAUACAAAUAAUUCAAACUCUUCAAAUUAAAAUUCUAAAAUAGACGCUUUAAAGAUUUUUCAAACUAUUUUCAAAGUAGAUUUAAAAGAUUUGCUUUCAUAAGAAAAAAAAUGA